AUGUCUGUUAAAUUACGAAAUGUGGGAGAUUUUAUAAAUAAAGUAGGUGAGUCAGACUUUCAAAUAAAAAUUGAACCAGAAAGAAGGCUUGUUUUUGAACUUUCUGAGACAACCCCUAUAUAUAAAUGUAUUCAAGUAAUGAUAGAAAAUACUACAGAAUAUUAUCAAACAUUUAAAGUUAAAUGUACAUCAAUGGAAAUUUUUAAAGUUAGACCACCAAUUGGUUAUAUAGAACCAAAAAAAAAUGCAACCAUAUCAGUUGUUUUUUCAAUAAAAAAUGAUAAAACUGUUCCUGAAUGUUUUAAGCAUUAUUUUGCCUUUUAUCAUUCUAAAUUACUUGAAUUAAAACCAAGAAAAGAUCCAGAAUUUACUAAAGAAUUAAAAGAGUAUUGGAGUAAAUUGAAAAAAUUUGAUGGAGUCCGAAGAAUGUGGUGUAUUUUUUUAAAAAGUGAUGGAACUGAAUAUACACCAUUAUCUGAUAAUAAUAAUAAUAAUAAAUGA